AUGGCCUACGAGCCACUCGGGAAUUUUAGUAAGUGAAUUCUGGAAAUGAUGCGAAAAUGCUUCAGUUUUACGAGCGAAAUGGGCCAUUGAAAGGAGGAUUAGAGGGCUAGAAGUAAUUAGGAAGGGAAUAGUAGACUUUUUGAGGCCAAAAAUAUCAAAAACUUGGAAGUUUUUGGGAAAACUGAAAAAUGUAUAUUUUUGAUGACUUUUUUGAAAAUUUCGGGAUGUAUAGCUAACGUUGCAGAUCUCGGAUCUCGUUGAAAUUUUGCAUAUAGACUUUAUACAGUUCACACAUCAAUUCGUGAAAAUUUGAGCUUAGUUUUGACAGCUGAGAUAUUCGGCUAUUUUUUCCGAGAGAGCACGGGAAAUGAAGAGAGUGGGUUAGACAGAAAAUAAAAUCGAUUUUAACUUUCUGAACUUCUCUCGGAAAAAAUUUUUAUUUUGUUGAUAUAUUUUACCGUUAGUUGGCCAAAAAAAUUUUUUUAAAUUUUUCGGCCACAAAAUCAAGCUAAUUUCUGCAAUUUAUCUAGAAAAACUUGAUUCAAAAAUUAUAUAAAAGACAUUGGGAUCAAAAUAAAAUGAAAUUCGUAGUUUCCAUCGCUCGAAAAAGAUAUUUUUAUAAAAAAUAUCCCCAUUUCUCACGAAAUUGGCGUAUUUUUUUACAACGAAGGUUCUCUGAUGCCGCUUGACCCGGCUUGAAGAUAAAAUUCAGACUUUUUUGACCGGAAAUUAAAGAAAUUUUUUUUUUGAUAUUCAUUUGAAAUUUUUUUGAUAAGCUGUGAAACUUCUGUACAACAAACUUCCGUACAACAAAACUUGUCUAUAGCAAAUAAUUUCAACGGUUGCAAAAGUCAUUUUUAAGCCAAAAUUAAACCUCCGUACAACGGAACCCUUCUUAGCGAACAAUUUUUUUCAUUCCCUAGCGAUUCGUUGCGGGCCUGACUGUAGCUUCAAUUCAUUUUCAGUUAGCAAUGUAGCUCAAGUGGCGGACGACUACGAGAAUUUGGAGGAGGUAGCGGACAAAAGUACUAAUCCGCCGCGUUCUACUAAGACUCCGGCUCCUCCAGCUCCGCCGCCACCGCCUCCGCCACCUCCUCCACCACCACCUCGGCCACCGCCACCUCGCGCCGCUCCAAAGCCGCCUCCUCCACCGGCUACUCCCCGCCGUUCGACACCCGUCAGUCGCCCCAAACCGUUGACUCCGCCCACUCCAACACCCACCCCCAGGGACGACGACACUUCGGGGAAGGUGGAGGUGAAGACCAAAAGCGAGUUCAACGGGACUAGUGUUGUGAGUUGAUUUUUAAAAAGAGAGUUUUUUUGAUUUUUUGGAGGAAAAAUUGAGCUUUUUAUAAUGCUUAUCAGUCUGUCGGGAAAAUAAUGAACGCAAUGUCGCAGCGCCAGUCGUAUCGCUGAAGUGAAAAGCAAUUUGAUUUUGUCGCGACACAGUUCAUUUUAUCGGCAGAGAUGCGAUUUUCGAUGCGACAGUGCUCAUUAUUUUCCCGACAGACGGAUAAUGUGGAUUUGUCGCGGCUUGGAAUCCCCCUCAUUUCUUUGCGACGGCUAGCCGCGACUGGAGAUUUGGUACGCGACAGCGAUGAGCUGAACUUGCCCACCAAAUCCCCCAGCCGCAACUAGGCGUCGCAAAGCAAUAAUGGGCGAUUCCAAGGCGCGACAAAUCCACAUUAUUUUCCCACCAGAGUGACAUAGCAAAAUUUUAAAAAAGUUUAAAGAUUGGAAGUGCCUUUCCUAAACCUACUUUCAGGAAAAAUCAGCGACCACUAACGAAAAGACCGCCUCGGCUAAAUCCUCCGUUCGACCGAAAUCGAAGCGUCAGUCCUCUGGUGAGUUUGUCAAGAAACUUCCAUUUUUGGAUGCGAAAGAAUGGCCCUAUGGCUUUUCGACGACAGUUCUGGUCAACGCAAAAUCGAUCUAUACGAGCCCUAGGCAGGCGGAGAGCCAAAAACAGGUUGUAGGAGGUGCCUACGAGGCCUGGCGAUGCCGCUGGAUGCUCGGCGGAGACUUAUAAUAUGACUACAGUGACGGACCUGAUCCAGUGGCAAAAAACGUGCCAUUUUGCUUCCGGGAAGCAUCAAAAAUGUGGCAAAAUGCUUCACUCUCCAAGUGAAAAAAUCUUUGUUUUGAAGGCCUUUCCCUCACAAAAAGAGCGGGCGCGCUUUUGAAGUCAGAACUUUUUUCACUUGGAGAGGGAAGCAUUUUGCCACAUUUUUUAUACUUCCCGGAUGCAAAAUGGUACAUUUUUUGCCACUGGACCGUUUAUUACCCCCACUGUAGGUAAUAAACUAGCCAGGUCUAGUUUAUCACCCACUGUAGGUGAUAAACUAGACCUGAUCAAUCUAAUUAUGCCUUCGCCGAGCUUCCGCCGAGCAUCCAACGGAGAUUAUCCAGGCCUCGUAGGCACCUCCUAUUAACUUUUUUGAAUGCCCACUUGCCCUACCCCGAUACGUCUUGAUGGAUUUUGCGUUGACCCGAAGUGUCAUCGACCCGCGAAAAGCUUUUAGAUUAGACGCAAAAAGAUCAGUUUAUGUAAUCAUUAUUCUUUUAGCCCGAAAAAGUAAACAAAAGAGCGGCAAGAGUAGUAACAAAAGCGGCAAGAGUAGUUACAAGAGCCACAAGAGCGCCAAGAGUCCCAGAAGCGCCAAGAGUCACAGGAGCUCCAGUCAGAAGAAGAAAAAAAGCCACGGGCAUUGCGUUUGCUGGGCGGUGAUUGUUCUCCUCCUGGUCACGACGAUUCUCAUCGGAGCUGCGGUUGGAUUGAUCUACUGGAAAAGUGAAUACUUUUUUGCUGCACCCGACGUCCAUAAAGUUCAAAGCGCAGUCACCAACUCCUCUUCCAUAUAA